CGGUCGUGGCUACUGGCGAGGGCGUGAGGUGUCGAUCGGGCGGGCGCCGUGCGCCGUGCAGUCCCCGGGAAGAUAAUAAACAAAAGGAACAAUGGUUCGUCUGCCUUGAAACAAUUUCCCCUCCUCGGGAAUGUUUCGCGUUGAGUUUACGGCCGCUUGAGAUUGUUUUCUCGCGAGUGAAACACUGUCAUCGAGUUGCAAAAUGACAGAAACUAGUGUACCCAGAAUGAAAUCACGCAAUGGAGCGCGACUCUUUAAGAAUCCACCACAGCCGCACAUGUGUAUACAGGAUUUUAUACAGGGCACUACUGCUCCGUGUUAUGUAAACGUACUGUCUUGGGACAAAAUUGCAAUGCCACGUAGACCUUCACUGCCUGUGCCACUUUAUGGUGGUAUGAGAUUACCACCGCCUCGCACAAAGACGGAGGCCAUAGUGUUUGCUGUAAUGGCCAAUCCGGAAGUCCUAAGAAUGAGCGGCAAGAACGCUCAGGAUAUAAAGAAGCGUACGAGCUUUAUCGAGUUACUAUUAGACUUCAUAGAGGCGAUGAAUGCAGGGAUAGUCUUUAAUCGUAAUUACACGAUACUGAAAGAUCGAGACAUCACGGGCGAGCUGAAGGAGGUCUGGAAUGCAGUGCUGGCCAUACGCGACAACGAGCAACGUCCGCCGCAGCAGGAAACUUGGAUUGAUGUUCAACCUCCGAUAUCGCAAUUUCCUCAGUAUCCCGAACAGCAGCAGCAACAAGAGUACAUACCACAACCGCCGCAGUAUCACUCGAGUGUCGCCUAUGGCAGAACUAUUAACAACGAAAAUAUGCAUAUGCAUGAGGGCUACGGGCAUCAGCCUCAGAGCUCAGUAAUUUCCAAGAACGAGUCUAUCUUCAUAUCUGGACAUAUCGUGACGCAAUACUCCUCCAACAACGAUCAUCGAAUUGCCUUCGAUCUCUACAAUUAUCGCGAGCGCGGCAGGGAUAGUCAAGUUGUGCAGAAUAUUAUUGCGGCACAGCACCAAUUUCAACCGAGGCAAACGUGGCCGCAGUAUGUGAAUACGAAGUAUAUGCAUCCAAAUUCAAAUCUGCCAUAUGGACCAGCAAAUACCACUGCGGCUAUUAAUCCUCCGAAGCCUUUUCAGCCAUACACUACUUAUCAGCAGCAGCAACAACAACAACAACAGCCAAUACCGUCACCACCGCCGCCGCCGCCGCACAUGGAUAAUGCAAUGCACAUUGAUAUUCAUAGGAUGCAAUCACAACCACAACAGUCACAAAUACACUUCAAUCACGUACAGUUGCAGUAUGCUGAGCAAUCUGGGCCAUUUAAUGUACAAAACAAUGCGCAUAGAGCAAAUAGACCGCAUAUGGGAGUAGCUCAGAAAAACAAUUCUACUAAGAGACAGGCAAAUUCACCGACGCACACUUCUUGUACAAAUUGCCAAAGUAAGGAAGAUCAAUCUUUCGCAAAGCCGAAGAGUCCCGUUAAAGUUCUUCAAAGAGAAAUGCCAACGGAGCGCCAAGAUACAACUAAUCAUGCAGAGAGCAAUAAAGCUCCAGUAGAAAAAACAGAGGAAUCGAAAAUUAUCCCGGUGACAGAUUUAGACGAGGAUCUGAAAAAGAGCGAUGAACUUGUGGUUGAAUAUAUGUAUCUGAAGAAAGAAGAUGUCUGUAGUCCAGAAUUCGUAGCGCAUACCGUCGGUGAAGCGCCGUCGUGUGAGGAAAAGAAUUUUGUAAAACUAGAAUCCAAUAAAAUAUCUUUGAUGGAAAGUAAAGAGACGGAAGUGCCAGCUACACAACAAUUGACUGUACAGAAGAAUGCCAAUAAGUUUGUCAGAGGUAAUGCACGAAUACGAAGAGCGCCAACGACCAAAGAUGAUAAGUAUAACUCUUCGGAGAGUCCGAAACGCUCACAGCCGACGAUGAACAGCAUUAUCAAAAGUGUAUUCAAGAUAAACCCAGGCGCAGAUCAUUCCUCUGGAGAGGAAUCGUCCAGUAAAAAAAAGGCGAAUGGCCAAACAAGGUCGACUAAUGGCAAAGCGAUGUGUGGAAACGAGGAACAACAGGAAUAUACGAUACUGAAGAAGGAGGCUCAAGAAGAGAUGGUGAGCGAGAUCGCUCAAUUAUCCAUUCAAGACUGCAAGGACGCGACUGAAGUCGCUCCCGUACUCUCGUGAUAGCCAGGUCUACAGCUGCUGCCCAGCUGUGUCGUCACGCGACCAAGGGCUUUGAUGUAAAUAGAUAGAACUUUAUUCAAUAGAAAGAAGUCAUGAAGAAACAAAAGGCAUCGCGCCUCGCGGACAGAAAGGAAAGAAGGGGAAGGAGAUACAUUUUUGACGAUUACAGUUCAGACACUUAUGAAACACUUCCGAGUUCUUCUGAAUCGAUAUGUCUUUAAGACAGCUUUGAUUAGCAUCGCGCAAAUAUCUAACGAACAUUAUUUGUGAUUUUAUGAUUGUUACAGUGCAGUGCUUGUCAAAUUCUUUGAUAUUUGAAGGCAUUAUUUACCGAAGACACUUCGAUAGUCGAUAUUUUAAUUGUUAAUGAUCCACAACUGCCUCAUGCAAUUUUUUUGUGUAUUGAAAAGUUUAUACUUUUUGAGCAUUCGCAAUAAAUUCCAAAUCCAAGAUAAGCAAGAUAGCAAAGUGGAUCGUUAAGGAUUAAUCAGUAGGCUGUGAAAAUUGUUGCGAAUGUGAUCAUAGAUCGAGUAACGGUACUACGUGUGUAAUGUCAAAAAAUAUUUAUCAGCUUUAGUCGACUAUGGAAAUGUCAAGAAACUUAUUCGCGAUCGAAGCUAGAUACCUACAAUUUGAGUUUACGUACAGUUUGAUUUAUCAGUUUUCAUGCAAUGGUCUUACUUAGAGAUCAUUUUCUCGAAUGUCGUUUUAAAUAAUAGUUUCAGUAUCUCUUAUAAUUCUCAUUUCACUGUACCUGUAAUUACGAAGUUAUGAAGUUAUUACUAAGUUCCGAAAUGUCGGGCUUUUAUUGCAGUGAAAUUUAUUAAAUUUUUCUUUAUUUAGAUUAAUUGAUGUAAUAUGAUAAAUCUAAUUCUUUUUACUCUAUAUUUUGUAAAAAAAAUAAGAAUUUUUUAAUGAAAUAUUAUGAUAAUUUGUUAAAUGUUGAAAUUCUCUCUGAUUUUGAAUAAGUAUAUAGAAUAUAUACAUAUACAUAUAUAUAUAUAUAUAUAUAUAUAUUCACUCUGAAAAUAAGUAUAAAUAGGAUUUGAUUGUUGUUUUUACCCAUUACGGCGACGAAUGUGAUCGCUUAAGAACACGAAUUCACGCUUGUUAAUCGAGAUCCGUCUACCUAGUAAUCAAUCUGCUUCCAAUAUUUCGCGGCAAAUGAGGUCUGAUAAACAAAGGUAAUGUUAAAUAAUUUUUAAGUGUACGAAAAUUCUGAACGCUGCCUAAUUGUUUCUACGCACAAAAAUGAAUUGAAAUUCAUCUUGGAUUGAACUGACAAUGAGUAUCAAAGUUGGAUAAAAAUGGCGGUAUGUCUCCAAACGUUGUUAAAUAUUGUGUGAUCGUGUGAUGGUCCGGAUGUCUUUAAAUUAUCGAAGAUUCAUUAAAGCAUUAUUCAGUGUAGUGAUUGACAUACGCGAGAUCGGUGAUAUUCAGCACAUUUUGUUAGAUAAAUUGAUGGAUUGUGCAAGUCAGAUAAUAACUACAAGAUUUGCUUUAUAAUUGAAAUGUAUGAACCUACGUUUUGCCCAGCUUCAUUAGGUAUACAGCGGUAUUGUCUAUAAUUAAGAAGAAUUGGUGGGUUUAAGCCGGAAUAGUAUGUAAUUAUUGCAAGGUAAACGUUACUGUAGAAGAAAGAAGCAUUUCAUUAUAGAAUGUAAAACUGA